AUGGAGGAGCUGGCGGCAGCUGAGCUCGACGUGCAGGUGCUGCUGAGGAGGCUGUGCCGCAGCAUCUCCACCGCCGAAGUGAUCUCGGCAAGAGCGGACCCAGACAUCAUCAAUCAGCUGCAGCCGCAGCUCAAGGACAUUGCACUCAGCGUCCUGCUCGGCCUGCACCCGGAGGCGGCGCCGCGGUAUGUGCCGCCAGACGGGCGGGAGCAGCAGGCAGUGGCGGGAAUAGCUGCUGCAGCCCAGCAGCUGCGGCAGAGCGGCUAUGCUGGCCUGGCCUACAGUUUACAGGCCGCCACAGCGAGCCUACAAAGCUGCGGCACCUUUCGGCUGCUGGGCAGCCUGACAGAGGCGGAGACGGGGGCGGCGGCGGUGCUGCCGCUCACCGAGCACGCGUCGCUGCUGGGGCUGUUGCUGGCCCUGGCCGGCACGUGCCCCUCCCUCCGCCAGCAGCGCUUCACCUUCCAAGUCGAGGAGGCUGCCGCUCCUGCCACAGCACCCCACCAGCAGCCAGGGGAUGACCCCACAUUAGCGGCAGUUCCAGCAGCAGCAGCGGCAGCAGCAGCGACGCUGUCUACCAGUGUGUUCUCCGAGGCGCCAGAUCCCUUUGCCCUCACAGACGGCUCGGCGGCGGUGGCGGUGCUGCUGCCUCAGGAGCUGGGCCUGCCCAGCGAGGCGUUUGCGGGCGCCGAGGAUGUGCAGGACCUUUGCUCAGGCCUGGACAGCCGGCCGGUGUGGAGCCCCGCUGCGGCUUCCUCGCUGCCGCCGCCCCGCGCCGCGGUGUGGCUGCCGGUGCCCGCCUCGCUGCUGGAGCUGCAGAGGGAUGGCCGUCGGGGAGCGCCGCCGGGGCCGCUGGGCCUGCCGCUGAGCCUGCUGUGCAUGGAUGAUGAGCCUGGCAGCUGCACGCUGUUCUCGCCAGACGCGGCAGCGGGCUGGGAUGCCGCCUCCGACUGCGGCGACGCGGCUUCUGCAGACUCUGUGCAGCCGCACUGCCCGGCCGGCGGCGGCGGCGCUGGCGAGAGCGGCGCCGCCGCGCCAGGCGGCACGCCCGAGCGCCACCUGGGCCUGUCCUGCCAGCUUUGGAGCCUUGGCGAGGUGGAGCUGGCGCAUCAGGCGCUGCUGGCGCUGCAGGGGGUCGGCACCUCGCUGCUGCGCCUGCAGGCGCUGCUGCGGGAGCCGGGUGCGCUUCCGCGGCGAGCCAUCACAGGCCUGCUGCGCUCGCUGGCGGCGGCGGGUGAGCUGCGCCAGCGCCUGCACGAGUUUGUCGCAGCGUUCAGCUGCGGCGGCGGCCCCUGCAGCCCUGCGCGCGGCCCCACCGGCAGCGGCGGCGGCGGCGGAACCCGCUGUAGCGAGGAGGACCCGGUGCAGCAGGCCUUUGCCGCAGCCGUGGCCCAGGUGUUGCAGCGCCAGUCUGCGGCGCUGCAGCAGCUGGAGCAGCAGCAGGCGUGCAGCUGGGUGCAGACGGUGGCUGUGGGCGGCACGCCGGGGCGGCGCUUCCACGGGCGGGGGCCCAGCCUCCUGCAAGUGGCGCUGCACACCCGCCGCCUCCAGCUGCAGCUGCGCAGCCUGGCGGACCUGUGCUGGUGCUCCCUGGCAGCCGGCGCUGACGGCAGCGGGAACGCAGGCAUCGCCUCGGCAGCGUCAGGGCCUGGCCUCGAUCCCCAACCAGCCCAGCCUGAGCUGGGCGGCAGCUGGCUGUGGCAGCAAGGCUUCCCAGCUGGCACCGAGCUGCUCGACUACCUGUACCGGCGAGCCAACGAAGCAGACGAUGCCGACUCCCCUAUGCUGCGCUUCCUGUUUGUGCAAGCCAUCCAGCCCUACCUGCGCCACAUGCACGCCUGGGCCUUCACGCCCCACGUGGUGAGCCGUGAAUUUGGCAUGGCUGGAGACAAGGAGCUGCUUACCCUCGACUUCCUGCCGCCCGCCGAGCGCCAGGCCACAGCGCUUGUGCCGGCAGACCCUCCCGCCUUCUUUGCGCCCCUGCACGCCGCCUUCAUGCGCGCCGGCUCCCAGCUUCGCCUGCUGCACUCUCUGGAGCACCAUGGUCGCCACCUGGCGCACCGGCUGGCCGGCAUUGCAGAGCAGGAGGUGUUGCAGCGGCAGCACAGCGGGGCGGGGCCGGCAGGCGCGGCGGGAGCGGCGGUGCAGGCGCCGGGCACGGCGCACUCCUUCACCAGCUUCUCUGCGCUCCUGCCAGGGCCAGCGGCGUCAGCAGGGCCAUUCGAUGCAGCUGCAGCAGCAGGGGCUGAGCUGCUGGCAGAGCCGCGGGAGCCUUGGAUCAGCCUGGCCUGCGGUUCGGCCUCAGCCGAAGCUGACACUGCCGACGGCAGCCAGGACCUGCAGCUGAGCAGCAGCAGCCUGCGCCGGGCGGUAGAGAUCAGCCAGGAGCAGGACAGCACCCGUGCCGCAGCUGUCGACGCCUGGCUGGGCACGCUGGCGCUGCAGCGGCGCCUGGCGGAGCAUGCCGCGGCCUCGGAGCAGCUUGGCAGGGCGGCAGCCCAGCGUGAGCGCACCGCAGAGCGCGCAGCUCUCCAGGCGGCGGCGCUGUCGCGUCAGCAGAGCAGCAAGGCGGCGCUGCUGCAGGAGCAGCAGGCUGCGGUGGCGGAGCGGCGGGCCAGGCGGGCGUCGGAGCAGGCGCAGCAGGAAGCAGCGGAUAGGCAGCUGCAGGCGCAGGCUGCGCGGCAGCAGCACUCGGCUGCACUGGCCGAGCUGGAGCAGGCCCUUGGCAGGGCAGGCCUGGGCGGCACACACCCGCCGGCAGCAGCAGCAGGCGGGCGUGAGACGCAGGCGGGAGAGGCGCAGCCUGCAGCAGCGCCAGCCCAGGGCCAUCUGGCACAGCCUGCCGGCAGCAGCGAAGCCCAGCAGCAGCCCGCUGCAGGUGACCCACCUGCACCUGCUCAUCCGGCGCUGCCCGCUGGCCUGCCGACGCUCAAGACUCGCAGCCGCCAGCGCUUUGCAGACGAGCAGCAGCAGCAGCAGCAGCAGGAGAACGCCGUUCCGCCAGCCGCCCAGGCGCAGGGUGGUGCAGGGGCCGCUGGCGCCGCGGGCAGCCGGCAGCCUCUGGCUCCGGGGCAGGCUGGCCUGCAGGCGGCGGCACCGCUGCUGCCUGGGCUGCCGUAUGCAGCCAGUGCCGAGCUGCAGCACCAGAUGGCGCUUUCGUCACUUGCAGACCUGGAGGGCGGCGGCGGCGGCGAGGCCGAGGAUGCGCUGGCGCCCCUGCCUGCGGUCCUGGAAACCAGCAUCACACACAGCGUGCUGUCGCAGUACCGAGCCGUCAGCCGUGCAUGCGUCAGGCUGUUCUUGGAUGAGUUCAAGGUUCUGGAGCACCUGGAGGCUCUGCGCAGAUUCUUCUUCCAAGGAGCCGGCGACUGGGCCGAGGCGCUGGUGCAGCGCCUGGGCGCGCACGCCGACUCGCUGCUGCCACUGGCCUCGCACCAGGCGGACGCCAUGCUGGAAGAUGCGGCGCGGGACACGCUCCAGGGCUACGCCGCCGUGUUCAGCUGGAUGGUGCGCCUGCGGCGGGCGGAGCAGCUGCUGCGCGCGGCGGCGCCGCCGCUGGCGGCCCAGCCCAAGUCGAGCGCCGACCUGCUGUUGAGCGAGGAGGAGGCGGAUAAGGCGCACCGCCGCGUGCAGGCGCUGCGCGCCUUCCGCUUUGGGGCCGCGCAGUUUGUCACGGCCCUGCAGGCCUUCCUGCAGUCGAGGACCACAGGGGAUGCCUGGGCGCACCUGCUGGCAAAGCUGAUGGUCAGCUCCGAGGAGGUGGCGGCCACGCUCAUCAGCCGGCAGCCCAGCGCCCUCAUGACGGGCCUGCUGAGCCGCAUGAACAGCCUGGGCCCGACCGGCAAGGCGGCGCACAAGCUGGCGCAGCAGAUGAGCCGCGCCCUGAGCGCCAGCCUGCCCGGCAGCCCCACAGCGGCGGCCGGCGCGGGCAACGGCCAGCUGGCCCGGUUCAACAGCCUGCUGGCUGCCGCUGGCGCUGGCUCCGCGCCCACCUCGGCAGCCGGCACACCCAGGGCAGGAGCGGCUGCGGAAGCAGCAGCUGCAGCAAGCGCGCGGCAGCUGUCGCGCUUUGCCGGCAAGCCCGCAACCGGCACCGGCGGCCCAUUUGCCGCGGCGGCCGACCAGGACGGCAGCACCGCGCAGCGCUGGGAUCCCUCUGCGACCAGCACCCCCACGGCCGCCGCCACUGCUGGCGGCGGCGGCGGCCUGCCGCUGUCAGCCCAAACCAGCUUCACGUCAGCUAUGCUGGGGCAGGCUGCAGCAGAGGCGAGCUCGGCGGGCGGCGUGGCAGACCUGGAUGCCGCCGCCUGGGCGCACCACUUCCAGCGCUCGCAGCAGGGCAUUGCCGACCUCCAAGAGCUGCUGGACCUGCACCGCCGCUACGUGCGGCAGGCCUCGGAGGAGUGCCUUACCUUUGGCGGCAGCCUGGCGGUGCGUGAGGCGGUGGAGGGCUGCCUGCAGUGCCUGGUCACCUUUGCCUACAAGCUGCUGGGCACGGUGCGCAGCGGGGCGGGCAGGCGGCUGGAGGAGACGUGGACGCAGGCGCUGCGCCUGGAUGCCGCCUGGGCCCCGUUGGCGGCUUCCAUGGCUGAUUUUGAGGCGAGGGCGCAGCAGCUGCAGGAGCUGCUGGCGGACGCGAGCAGCAGGAGCGUGCUUGCCGAGCUGCAGCUGGACUUCAACGGCUUCUACGCCAGGCGGCGGCAGCAGCGGCAGCGGCAGCAGGAGCGGCAGGAAGCGGGGCAGCAGCAGGGAGAAGCCUGAGGCUGGGGUGUGCAUGUGGGGGAGCCACCGCUUCUUGUGUGCGUUGCGUGAGCCUGCCCGUGUGAGCACCUGUGACCACGGGUUACAC